GGCAAGCUUUCGUGAUGGAGAUGUAGCUUUUUUCUUUUUCUUUUCUCCAUGAAUGAAGGAGAAUGUCUACCUUGGAAUGCCCCAAACAAUGGCUUUUCAGUCGAGCGUUGAGGACCUAUUCACCACUGGAAAAUGACGCAUCUUCUGAGAGGCAAGCGGAAAAAAAAAAGAAACAGAGGAAUGCUUAGAGAUGUUUUCCCUCCAAAAUGUCCCUCUGGCAUCUGGUCCUGGAAAAGCCGAUCAUUUUUCAAGUAACUCAAAGACCCACUGAACUUUAUUUUUGCUUUGAUAUUAAUUAGGAACACAAACAUUCAUGCUUAACAUUCACACAAUCCUACCAUUGUGAGUCAACACUUGCAGGCGUUGCCAUUUAUCUACAUUUUUUCCAGAAGUGCCGCUAUUUAAAAUGAUUUAAAAUUCAGAAUAAUUUUACAUGCAGUUGAAAAUGUAUAAACCCUGUUGUAAUAAUGGAAGAUUUGGAGACUCAGGAGUGGAGUUUGUUGUCAGUCAGAAUCUGUAGGCAGGGUUUGCUCAAUUAGGCCCCAACAAGACAUUGCUGGAUAAUCCAAAAACUCAGGUAAAACACACAGAAGGAACAUCAUACAUGGGAAUCCAGAAACUGGAACUAAUGCUCAAGCUGCCAUUUGGGAACCAGAAACAAGACUUCAAAAUUAAGGUGAAGGUUUGAGUGUCCAGAUGACGAGAUGAAGCUGCAACAUCUGGACAAAACCAGAGCAGAUGAGGGUCCAUUAGCAGGCCUUCGAUUCAGGAGCCGAAGCUUAGCGGAAGACAGAUGUUAGCGCACAGCUCUGGGGAAUGAAGGGGCUGGAGCCGUAAGCGAGCGAGCGUGGGAGCGCCCAGUGGAACAGUGACGCUGCCAGCCUAAAGAUGUCCGGCAAGGAAAAGAAUAAACUAAGAAAACCAGUGGUGGAGAAGAUGCGCAGAGAUCGCAUCAACAGCUGCAUAGAGCAGCUCAAGAAGCUCCUGGAGAAGGAAUUCCAGCAGCAGGACCCCAAUGCCAAGCUGGAGAAGGCCGACGUCCUGGAGAUGACAGUGACCUUCCUGAAGCAGCAUCUCCGGCCUCGGGCUCCUGUCUCCGCCGUCCCCAGGGCGCACAGUGAAGGCUAUGCCCAGUGCUGGCAGGAGACCCUCCACUUCCUGUCCAGCUGCAAGGGGGGCGUGCCCCUGCAGUGGCUUCACUGUCUCCAUGGAUCCCAGAGAGCCACUCAGCAGCUCUACCCCAUGUCUCCUGCCAGCUCCACAUGUGAACUGGUCCCAGUGAAGCAAGAACCUGGUGCUGAGAAACCCAUCUGGAGGCCGUGGUAGAGCCACUGGCACAUGAGAACCUCAGGGGUGGUCAUCUGCCUCUCAAAGUGUAGGAAAGAUUAUUUCCACAGUGUUAAAUAUGUUGGGGAUUUCCUUUAUAUUGAAGGAUGUGUAUGUCUGUAACAGACUUAUUUUUAUGUAGCUUCUCCUCAAAGGAGAUCAUUAAUUUUGCCAUUUUGUUUCCUUCUCAUCUGAGUUCAAAUCUGCCUUUACAAUGAUGGUGUGAUGAAUCGUUGGAGAACCUUAACAUGUAUGAACCUUAACAUGUAUGGCUGCUGUGCAGCAAAAAUGUUUCUUGAAGUUACUGCUUGUCCUUGUAUACGUUACAAAAUGUGAGGCAACUUUGAUUUUUGAUGGUGGAAUAUGUGUUCUGAAGCUUUUAGGCAACUCAAAAUAUUGUAUGUGUUUCAUCUUCCAUCGAAGGUCAAAAUGUUUUUCUAAAACGUCAGCUUCAGAUUAUGCUACUGACUUGAAAUAAUCUGUCAUCCAAAAGCAACUAGGCGAAGUUACUAGUGGAAU